UCCUUUGCAGCUUUACCCUCCGGCUCGGCUCUGCCUUUCCCCCCCGCAUGCUCUCCCCGCUCUCGUGGUUCUCCCGAGUCCCGUGCUGGUCGAGUGUGCUGUCUCCGUCUCUCUAGUGGCGACGACUGGGCGACCGCCGCCGCCGCUCUACGCGAGGUGCCCAGAUCUCUAUUUUCGGGCCCUUCGCCGGCAACGAGCAUCCGCCAGGAUAAUAUGUUGUUCACGCAUGAGGCAAAUGCUGACCAGUUUGAUCUUCUUUCUUAUGGUAAUCUAAGGGGAGUAGAGGCUAGUAGAAAUUCUGAGGAAUCCAAUUUUGGAAAUGACUUAAAGGAUGGUUCUUCAGUUUUUUCUGAGAACUUCAGCUCCUCUUGUCUGCCUUGUGAGAACUAUCAAUCUGCCACAAUAGAUCAUGAAAAACGACCUUUUUCUGAUGUCAAGCCAUGCCAAGUUGCUUGCAAACGUCCAAAGCAAACAGAUCACAAUACCUGGUUAUAUUCCUUUGAGGAAGACCCUUUGACCAGUGAAGUGGGGAUAUCUUCUCCAGCUUUAGCUGAUGGAUUGGUUGAGACCAAACAACCAAAUGACAUUCAUGCAAUUAAUGGUGCCACAACCUGCAGUGGUAGUUCAGACAUCCCUUGCCUUAAUCAUGAUCAAUCAGUUUUAGUGGAAAGCCUAGAUGUACCUGAUUGGGCGACUUGUUUCCCUGGUUAUUUUGAAGACUGUGGGCCAGUUGCUACAUAUAACCAUGUUGAUGACAUUGGUUCACCUGUUCAUGAGUACCUCCCUAGAAAGGGUGUGCCAAUUGGACCUGAGCACCAGGCUGACAUUCCAGAAUGGAGGCCCCGGAUCUCUAUGAUUGUACCUGGCACUUCUGAGUUUUGUGCUGAUCUGGAUUGUAGUUCUGCUUCCACUUCAGAGUCUGUUACCAGAGGUGAUGACUAUGUAAGUGAAAGUGACAAGUGGAUCAGGUGCUGUGUUGUUCCGAUGAUGAGCUGCUCAUCUCUUGUUGACUGGGCUGGAGACAACAAAAUAGAUUGUAACUGCAGUGACGAGGGUUCUACGAGGUGUUCCAGACAGCAUAUUAUUGAAGCAAGGGAUAGCCUCAAAAUGAGCUUGGGACAGGACACGUUUCGUGAGUUAGGUCUUUGUGAAAUGGGAGAGGAUGUUGCUCAGAGAUGGACUGAUGAUGAGGAGAAGCUAUUCCAAAGAGUUGUUUUCUUAAAUCCUGUCUCCUUGGGCAAGAACUUUUGGGAUCACCUUCCAGAUGCAUUUCCUGGUAAAACUAGCCAGGAGCUUGUUAGCUACUAUUUUAAUGUUUUCAUGCUCAGGAAAAGGGCCCAGCAGAACAGGUCAGACGUGUUGCGUGUGGACAGUGAUGAUGAUGAACUGCAUGGUGAACCUCUAGUUGAGCGGGAGGAAGGGGAUCCUGCAGUUGAGUCCUCUAUACAUGAACAUUUUGUCAGCAAUUCUCUGCCCAUGGAUGAUGACCAUAAAGAGUUUGAAGGAGCACAGUUUGAUGGAUCUUUGUGUGAGAAGUCAGUAUACAAUGCAGGUGACUGCAGACAUCUACCAAAUCAGAUGCCUGCGGAUUCAAAUACGGUGAGCACUGCACAAGAUGUUUAUGGCCAAGAUAAUGGAGCUCAGUGUGAAGAGUUUCACAUGUCACUGCCGAAUGAUACUUAAAACAAUUUUGGGGAUCAAAGUGCAUCUGUGUAGGAGAUGUGUCAAAUGGAUAGCAGAGACUUAUUCGGUUUGAAUCUGACAUCUACUUCAGAUGGGUGCUUGUCAUUGAGAUGCUGUUUGGCCAUGGCUCGGAGCCGUAAAUUGAGCCACAUCUGGAGAUGAUAGUUCAUGAAGUUGUACAUUCUUCAACUACUAUGUGUUUUUUGCGGCAUUUUGUUAGCACAUUGGGAACCCAACUGAGCUUCAAUCUGCCCCCUCCCUCACCCCCGUUCGUUAGAUCAACCUUGUUGUAUUGUAUGUACCAUAUGUUGUAUUUUCAUUGUUGUAUGUUCAUUCCAGAAACUGGAAUACGAGAUCGUAGAGUUGCCAUUAUCUGGAUUUCCUGAUGAUUUGUCAGUGGCUUUGCACCUCCCUGGUUGUUAGAGCUACCCCGCGAUGGCUUACAUUGGCACCAAAUCCUUUCUUGCUAAUAAUGUGCUAUCAACAGACAUUAAUUUUUUUGAGAGUUCGACAGACAUUAAUUGAAUCUAUUUGAUGUGGUA